AUGACGACCCAUGCAGUGCUUUCCAAGAGACACAACCCCGAGAAAUCAGAGGAAACAAAGAGUAUAGCCGAGGCAGCCGUGACGUCACUGCGGGAAGAGAGCGACAAGCUGCGCCUCUUGUUCUCCUCGACGCUGGGCGUGAUGCUGUACGCGGGCGCGCCGGGAUCCGAACAGCCGUCGGGUGUCGACAAGCCCUGCGCGUGGUCGUACAUGGAGGACUAUGACUUCGUAUGCAACGACAGCGUGCUGAGCGGCAAGCGGCGCUACGACUCGGCCGGCAAGUACGAGUACGUCAGCUACGAAGAGGACGACCGCAUGUACUACGUGACCUUCGAGUCCAACAGAAGCAUCGUCGAAAAGUACCAGAUGUACAUCCCGAACAUCUCCGAAGGCUGGGCACUGUUCGACAUCCAGCGUGACGUCGGUGCCAAGUGUUCUCCUUUCGGUUUGAACUACGAGCGACUGGAAACCGCACAGAACAUAGCUCGCAACAGAACUCACGUUCUGUAACGUUCGGUUUGGCUUCGUGGAUACACCAGUCACAAAAGAGCGAGUGUUUGCGUGUCAUUUUCUAAGGCAGGCUUUUUACACUACUUCGCAGGCCCACUUAGACGCAUCAUUCCAGAAAAUAAUAAAUGCUAAU